AUGUGGAUGGGCGUAAGCCAUACUCAGUACUUCACCUACGACCCCAGCGCCGACGUGUAUCGACUGGCACCGGACACGUGUGGCGCCGUGCAGCAGCAGGCUGCUGAGGUGUUUCAAGAGUGCGGUGUGCUAGCGCGGCACAUCGACGUGGCACUCCGCCAGCCAAGCUCCACCGGCGACUCAUUUCUUCAGCAGAGUCUGCGCAGUGCGCUGCGCCGGCAGCUAACGCAGUACCACUAUCUCGUGUCGAUGCUGCGCGAACGACGCAGCCCACCGCUGCGCAUGGGCGACCUCGUUGUCGCCUACAAGCGCGUGCAUCCCAAGCUGUGGGCAAUGGACUGCGUCCUCCGUGAGACGCAGCACGUUAAGGGUGGGGAGUUGGCAUCCAGAAUGCAGCAGCUCGUCCAGCACGGCUCGCAUCGCCUUGCCUCUCUGCUCCACGAUAUCUACAUCGAGACGGUGAGUCCACUGUUGCACAUGACGGUAGAGAGCAUAACGAAGGGAGACGUGUGUGACCCGAUGCACGAGUUCUACAUUGUGCCGGUGGACGGCAUCGACGACGCGGCGGAGAACUUUUGGGUGGCGAAGUACGUCCUUAGCACAGAGAUGCUGCCGCGAACCGUCCCAGAGAUCGUAGCGCAGGACAUCUUGCUCGUGACGAAGAACAUCCGCUUCAUCUGCCGCUGCUGCCGCGCCAAGCAAUGGAGGAUGGACCCGUCACUCAUUGCCGAGGCGGAGCGAGCGACGUUUGACACGCUUCCGGUCGUCGUGCACCGCGCCCUCAUCUUCACCAACACGGCGGUGCUUCGGCUUAUACGGGAGGAGUUUCAGCUGCACGAGGUGCUGCGACUGGUAAACGCCUUUCUAUUGGUCGGCUACGGCGACUUUUACGAGCUGCUCAUCACGAAAUUGGAGCCAGUCUUAUCGAAGAUGAGCAGCACUGUUCCGGUGUCGGUGGUACGAGAUCAGGUGAAGAGCGCGCUAGCUGAGAUAACCCCGUACGCCAAGCACCUUGACACGGACCGCUUCGCCCUGCUCCACGCUGAGUUGGUAAAGGAUGAAGCAAAGCUCGGCUGGGAUACGUUCGUCAUGACAAUGCCGGUGUCCUCGCCUCUCAACAACAUCUUUGAUAACGGUGCCAUGCGGGUGUAUCGCAGACUGUUUCGGCUAAUGUUUCGCGUCAAGGUGGCGGAGGUGGCGCUGAAGAAGGCGUGGAGGCAAAAUGUGGUGCUUGACCGUCUCAUCAGCAGCGUGCAGCGCACCGUGCAGGAAAGGUCGGCGUGGCGCGAAGUAGCGGCUGAUGCGCAUCUCCUUGGACUUCAGCUCAACCACUUCGUUAACAACCUGUGGUCCUACCUGGUGGCGGAGGUGUGCACCGUGGCACAAGACCUGCUCCUCAAGGCGGUGGCGCAGUGCGCCUCUAUGGACGACAUCCGCACAGCGCACAAUACAUAUUUGGCGUAUCUCACGCAGCGCUCGCUGCUGCACACAGACUGCGCGACGAUCCGCAUGAACGUGGAGAACAUCCUCACCAUUGUGCGGGAGUACUGUGGCUCACAGGCGCUGCUUGCAUCCCUUUUACAACGCGGCUCAGGUGACCUUUCGACCGUGAAGCGCCAGUAUCAAGGCCUCACCGACGACUUCCACCGCGAAAUGUCCUCGCUGCUGACAACGCUGGAGGAGCAGCACGUCAACUUUGACUUCCUCAAUUUUCUGCUGCUGCGGCUCAACUUCAACCGUUUCUACCACGAUACCUCAGACAUGGCGGACAACACGGAGUUUUAG